UAAGAAAUACAAAAAAGAGGGCAGAUGUCAACUCUCAUUUUGGGGGCUCAGCAUCCAGCCAGAGAAACAGGCAGAAAGACAGAAGGACUGAGAGACGUACAGAAAGUAAGAGCAACCCUCAGUAAGUUUUCAGGAGUGUCAACUUUAACCCAUUGUGCUCACAGUCAAAUAUAACCAAAUCUCUCGCAACCAACAGGAAAAGCGAGGAAAAACGCAGGAAAAGUGCAUUCGUUUGUGUAGCUGGGUGAAUCUGGGUGUGAAUCGGGCAAGGUCACGUGUAUUAAAUCUCACGUCAACGCCAUCAAUUUGCUCAAGCCAGACCAAAUAAGAAGCAGUCAUGUCAUGGGAGAGCAUCGCCUCAAAGGACCUGCUUAGCAUAAGGCCAUGUCAGAAUUUAUCAGUCACACAUUUGUUGGCAUCGCCGGACGGAUCGCGAUAUUUGCUGGAUAAUUCAAAUGAUAUGUGCCAGGUGGACGAGAAUUACUCGAGAAUUGCUGGGUAUGGUUCGAGCCCGGAUGGCGAUGUUGGAUCCCAUUCGUUGUGGGUACGCCGUGGUCUCGCCCGUUCCGGCCAAUUUAAUACCGUAAUCAGUUGCUUCUGGGCAUGUCAACGUAGCCUGCGUCAGUAUAUUGCUAAAAAAAAGAUUGAGCGAGGAUUAAGACUGUACGAGCAGCACAAUCAAACUGCCGCCGUGCGAACCUGGCGCAGUGCUUUGAAGGGCACCUGUCGCCGGGAGGAUUGUUUCCAGCUGUUGGGUUACUUGUAUCAGGCUCACAUGGACUGGGGGAAGUAUCGGGAUGCGAUCGACUUUGGGCACCAGCAGUUAGGCAUAUCGGAGGAGCUCGACUCGCCCAAUAUGCGUGCGGAAACCUAUUUGAAUCUGAGCCGAGCUCAUGCGAGUCUGGGUGGAUUGGAGCGGGCCUUGGCCUAUGCCCGGCAUUCGCUGUACAACGAGUCGGGCACAAAGUGCCGGAGUGGAUUGGUCCACUUGACGGUGGCCCGUGUAUAUCUGGAGAUGGGCGGAUUCUCGAGGGCGUUGGAGGGUUUACAGGGUGCUCAUAAAAUAGCCACGGCAAUUGGAGAUCCUUCGCUGGAAUUGCAGGUUUAUGUGGCACUCUCGGAGCUCUUUGGUCGGUUACAGGACAAUGACAAAAGUGCCACGUAUGCCUCGAAGGCCUAUGAUUUGUCCAGAUCUCUGCAGCUCGGCGAUCUCAACUCCUCUCAUCACAGGGCGGCCUUGCUCCGCAUGGCGGCCUCGUUACGCAAACAGGGCGAUCUCGGUGAUGCCCACGACUAUUGCAUGGAAGCGACUAGACUAUCACUGAUCUCCGGAGAUCAGGCCACUUACACAAGGAGCAUUCGCGUCAUGGGCGAUAUUUAUCGCAAGAAAAUGGAUAUUGAUAGAGCAUUUCGCCAGUACGAGCAGGCGAUGGGAACUUCAGCCACUUUGGGGGAUCGCAUGGCCCAAAUGGAGGCGAUGGAUGGAGCAGCCCGAUGUUUGGAGACACUGCGACUUCAGAGUAAGAUCUGCAAUUGCAGACCCUUGGAGUUCAAUACGAGACUCUUGGAGGUGGCCAGCUCGAUUGGAGCGAAGCUGUUGGUAAGAAAAAUAAGAAGUCGCCUGGCACUCAUUUAUCGAGCUUUGGGUGAUGAGGAUCAGUGCAACACUCACCUUCGAUUGGCAGAUCAAACGAAUGCGGCCCUGGGCCUCAAUUGUGGGGCAUGUGGCGAGGUCUUUGGGCUACAACCAGCCAACCUUGAGGCACUACCAUGUGCCCACAUACUCCAUGCCAGAUGUGCUCACGAGAUCUUCCGGCGUCGUGAUAAAAACAUUGCCUCACGCUCUUGCCCCGCUUGCAACAAACUGUUGAGCUCCCGCCUGCAUCUGUGUGGCAACGAAAGCAGCGUGGCCUCAAACGAGAAUGAAAAUGAUAAUUUCGACGAUGGAGAAAGUAUGACGACAAUGACACUAAAUGCCAAUGGAUUGGCCAUGGAUGGAUUUAUAUCGCUGAACUCGGAGACUCUCUUGCCACUGCCAGCUCCUUUGGCCGCGCCAUCGGCGAAUGGUUCCGGCGUCUUCUGCAGCAACAGCCUCAAGGAUAAGUCCAUGCCGAGUAUCGACAGCACAGCUCUCCUCCUGACUGCAAACGCCUCUCCGAAGACAGUUUAUCGUAGCAACUUAUCCCUCGCCUCGCUCAGCAUGCGUGCCUCCAGUUUGACCAUCGACAGUAGCAGGAAUGCCACAUCCUCUGUUUAGAUCGGGACAUAAGCCCAAGACACAUCUAGCUAAGGUCCUCAAAUAUAUAUUAAAUAGGCAUUUAUAUAUUCUUGAUAUAUAGUAGUCAACAAAUUAAUAGCACCGCUCUUAAGAAUGAGAAAACCAAGCAUUA